AUGACAGCAAACCCAGACGUUGCAUCACCAAGAUGUUAUCAGCUGCGCCAUCAUCUGUGUGCCGGUUCGCCACAUGCGUACACGUGUGUAGUUCGUGUCCAGACCUCGGACAUCGUGUCCGGCUGUCCGGUGUACAGGUGCAUCCCGCGCCGUGAGAACUACACGGCCAGUCAUUCAGACACACACGCGGGAUGCGACACAGUCACCGUCUUGUAUAACAUCGCCACCGAUAUGGGCUGGACGACGAUGCUGGUGGUAUUCGACAAUACGUCAGAAGCUCGUCUAGUUAGAGAACCUGACCUUCUGUCCAGAGAAAAUGUGAUGGUCACUACCCUGAAUGUCGACACUGUUGACAGAGAUACUUUCAACACGUCUAUGUUCUCCCUGUACAAGACAGCUGUGCACAAAAACGUCUAUCUUAAUGCCCUGGUUCUAUGUUCUACACGGGGCCUUCGCAUUCUUAGCAACAAGGUGACAGAAUUUCGGAAAACACUUCGCCCGUUCUCUGCAUUCGAUUUGGUGUCGCUGUGGCUGAUUGGUGUCAGUUCUGGCACAGACCUGGGUUUUGAGGAAAUGGAGCAGAGCCUGUUCAACGUAGCAGUAGUCACUGUACCCACGUCGUCGACACGCGAUAAAUACAUUGUCGGUCAUCUUGGUGUCAUUCAGCAUAAAGACAACGGUUUGAUACAAUACAACCAGCACUUGAACAAUGCUUGUGCAUUAUUACUUCAUGAACCGAAUAUUCACCAGAGCAUUCUCUUCCCGAAGACAACAAAAGGCAUGAAUAACAUGCAUCUGAUAGUGGGUACUAUACCGAGUACCACGUUCGUAAUUCGCACGAUUAAAAAUGGUCGUCCUACGUACAGUGGAUUGUGUAUAGAGAUAUUGCAGUUUCUGUCCCAGGCCUUAAAUUUUAGUUAUACUAUUGUCGAACCUAAAGACGGCAAAUGGGGAAAUGAUAUGGGACACGGAAAAUACAACGGCAUUGUGGGAGAUCUUCUCGAUCAGAAAAUAGAUUUCAUUGCUGCUCCGUUGAUUCCACGAAUGGAUAGAAUAGGCAUAAUGGACUUCACGGUGCCGUUUUUCUGGGAUCGCGUUGUUGUGAUAUUCCUGAAGCCCAACGUGGAUAACAACAAGUGGAAGACUCUCCUCAACCCGUUCCGCUGGCUGGUCUUCGUCUGUAUCGGUCUGUCCAUGAUCUUCGUCGUUCUCUUCGUCGCCUUCCUGGAGUCGGUGAAUCCAUUCUACGGCCAGGACAAGGAUCGGACGUGCUGGCGGUUGGUCUAUCAGUUCUUUUGGUAUAUCUACGGAUCUCUGCUCAGACAAGGUGGUCACUUUCUGCCGGAGUCUCUGACCGGUCGCCUGGUGAUCUCGUCGUGGGCGAUGUUCUGCACUGUCAUCUCCGCCGUGUACUGCACCAACCUGAUCGCCUUCCUCUCCGUCACCAAGGAGGAGCUGCAGUACCAGAACGUAGCCGACCUCCUCAACGACGACUCUCUCAAGUGGGGCGCGCAGGGCAACUACUACUUCAACAUGCUCAAGAGGGGACAGGACAAAAGUCUUUGGCCAAUUUUGGAUGAAAAACACAACGCGUCGUACAGGGACCGAGACGACAACAAGCACCGGACUAAGCUGUACGAAGGGUCGUACGUGUUCGUGGCGCACUAUCACCACGUGAACGCCUGGACGGUACGUGACUGUACGUUACAGCUCAUCCUGCCGGCGCUGUCGGUCCCGGUACUCAACAGGUUCGGACUGCCGCUACACUCAGACUUCACGAAAAUAUUUUCUCUAAAAUUGAUGCACAUGACUGAAAGUGGCCUCUUGAACCAAGCCCUGCAGCGACUAAACAACCUGGCGAACAACACGUGCGGACAGACCGACACGACGAAGGCUCGAACCAUUGGCCUGGAGGACCUGCAGACCGCUUUUUACAUUCUGGGAGUGGGCGUGCUUCUGUCUGUCGUCAGUCUCGUCACGGAGACGUGGAUGAGCAGAACGUGCAGACCGAAGUAG